GGGUCAGUAUGUAUGUACUCGCAUCGUGUGCAGAAAUACCUGCAUAAAUUUGUCAUUUCACCCACUUUUAUGUCCCAUAUUGAACCAAUUAAUUUUUUCAUCUGUUCCCCUAGUCCUUUUAUUCUCUUCAUCUCCUGUGACAACCCCUUAUUAGUUGAGAUUUGCAUCGGUGGACGUUUUGGUUAGGAAAUCUGUUUUAAUUGAGACUUGGGAUAAUGGAGCAGGAUGAUAAGAAGAGUUUAAUCGAAGGUCAAGGUGUCAAGCAAUUGCAUUUGUCAUUAGCUGAGACAGCAGCUGGACCUCAGGAUGACAGUGAAAUUCGAUAUAAUGGAAAAGAUGAUCAUCAGGCAAGGAAGUUUUUGGAUUCACCUCUGGAUUCUAGCAUGGAGGGGUAUGACUUCACGCAGAGCUUUACCUCUGGAGUAGAAAGCGAUCCUGAUGAUAGUAAUGUGAGUGAAAGCUUAGUGAUUGCACCACCUGCAGAAAAAAAGUAUGAUCCAACGAUAGAUGAUAGAUUACCAGAAACCGUCACUUUACUUACUACCCCUGAUGGUGCCAAAGUUUAUUUGAUUGGAACUGCCCAUUUCAGCGAAGAAAGCCAGAAUGAUGUGUCCUUGAUAAUUCAAGCGGUCCAACCACACAUAGUAAUGGUUGAGCUUUGUGAAGCACGUGUUCAUGUUCUUCAACUCGAUGAGAAAACAAUUCUUGAAGAAGCUGGAAAUCUCACACUUGCUAAAAUGCGGGCAACCAUAAGAAAGAAUGGUUUAUUCAAUGGACUCCUUUAUGUUUUAUUAUUAAACAUGUCUGCAAACUUGACUAAGCAGUUGGGAAUGGCACCUGGUGGUGAAUUUCGUCGUGCAUUUCUUGAGGCUAAGAAAGUUCAAAGGUGUCUGGUCCACUUGGGCGACAGGCCCAUAAAUAUCACGAUUCAACGAGCCCUCAGUUCUCUAUCCUGGUGGCAAACAAUAAAACUCCUCUGGAAUCUCCUCAGGACGAAAGAGCCAAUAAGCAAAGAGGAUGUAGAGCGUUGUAAACGUAAGGAUUUCCUGGAAGAGUUACUCACAGAAAUGGGAACACAGUAUCCAUCUCUGCGUGAAGUGUUUGUGAAGGAACGAGAUAUGUAUCUUACACACUCACUGCAGCUCGCUGCUUUGCCAAUUCCAACGCCUCAUGGAUUAAUACCUUCCAGAGUUGUUGGCAUUGUGGGGAUUGGACAUACGCCAGGAAUGAUUGAGCAUUGGGGAACUAUUAAACCUUCUGAUAUUGCUCCUAUUAUGAGAACACCAGAACGCUCUCUCUCCAGCAAAAUCCUUCGAAUAUCUUUAAAAGUCUCCCUUCUGGGUGCUGUGAUAUACGUAGGCUACAAGUACAUCCCACUGCCAUCAGCCACUACUCUGCAAUCCCUAAAGUCAUCGGUCGAGGGGCUUCUGAAGGUCAGUGCAAAUCGAUAGUCAACCAAACAAUCAAAACAUUCCCCAAAACCUCUGCAAAAAGAAAUAAAACAAAAACUAGAAUACAAAAAAAAAUCAACGCACUUACAAACACCAAUUAUUGUCUAUCAACGAGAAAACCAAUUUAUAUUCAAUUAUUCUUGUGCUGCUCUGUCGUCCAAGUAUCUUCAGUCUUCGCUGCUGAAUCUGUCCAAUUAAACCUCAAGAGGACAUAA